UCUAAAAUAAAAUACACAAAAAAAAAAAAAAAUAACGAAAUAUUAGCAAAAGCAAAAGAAAAAAAGUUGUGUAUUAAAAAAAAAUAAAAUCAACAAGCAAAUGAAAUAUUCUUAAAUAAAAUGAAAAUAAAAUAAAUAACAAAAAACGUGACAAUAUUUACAACUUCUUUUAAAGCAAAACUAAAGAAUAAAAUUUUAAAUUAAAAGAAAAUUAAUAAAACAAUUUGCUUAUAAAUAUCUAAAAAAAAAAUAUAUUGUUUAAGUGAUAUUUUAAUUUAUAUUAAACAAUCAAGAAUUUUUAAAUUUAUUCAAAACAACCAAAAAAAUAAAAACAAACAACAAAAUGUUGCCAACAAAUGUGAUGACGUUUAUGAAAAAGAUGGUGGCGACUGAUGAAAAUGCUUCCACACAAAAUACCACCGAUACUGGUGGUACAUUCGGCAAACUUAAACAGACACUUUCAUCCUCACUCUUAACAGCACAGGACCGUGUGAAUAAAAUGUCACCACGUCCAUCGUUAAUACCUACAGAUACGGAUGCCACUUAUGGCAACUAUCAACAGCAACAGGAUGCAGCGGCAAAUCAAAAUAACAACAAUAAUAAUAAUACAACAAGUACAAUAACAUCAGCGACAAGUGGCAGUAUCAGUAGUGGUGGUGGCACUUCAAAUUCCUCAAAACAAAAUACAGAACCCGGACGUCGAGCGGGUGCUUGUCGGGUGUGUUUGAAAUCAUUUAAACCCGAUGACUUUCAUAAGACGUGUUUUGAAUGUCAGCAGCGUGUGUGUGAAGAUUGUGCCAGCUAUAGUAAAUUGGAGGAAAAUGAGGAUGCGAAUAUGUGGCGCUGUAGUGUGUGUCGAAGAAAGAUGGCCUCACGUGUUUGUAUACCACAGAAUUCAACAGACUCUAGUCUGGAUGUACCAGUAUUAGAAGCAUUGCAACGACGUCAUUCAGAUGCCAAAUUGGGCUCAAGCACACAAACAUUAGCGCCUGCAAAUGGUAGUGCUGCAUUAGCCCCACCUCGUAGUCCCGAACUAAGAAGACAUUCAGAUGUAUCACCUGCGUCAUUAAAAGAGCUAGAAAGGCAAUUGAAAGGCAACAAGACACCCGGUGGUGAUAUGGAUUGGCGCAAGGGUGGCCAUAGUAUGGCACCCAGUCGCUCGGGCAGUCCACCAAGACAAGAGGAAUUAAGUUUUGGACCUCCUCUCUCACGAAUGGCUUCCAGACGUGGCUCUAGAGUUGCCCGUCAACACAGUUAUGAUGACGAUGCUAAUGCUACAGGUACCGGUGUAGCCGGCAGUUUGGGUGCUGGUGUUGAUAUGGGUUUGGGUAUACCAGCCAUGCCCAGAAGAAAAUCGGCUUAUGAUGUUUUCGCUCCGGGUGUUUUGCAAGCAGCUGCACAAGCUUCUCAACGUUCUCCUGGCGAUGCCACACUUGGUCCACAAAUAGCUUUGCCCGGCUCUCGUAGACCUUCAUUUCGUGUGCCUCAUCCCUCGGAAGAUAUUAAUAAUGAUGAAUCACCCAGCCCAGAUAAAGGUAGUCCUGUAUUAACGGUCGACGAGGAUAGACGUAUGCGAAGAAGAGGUUCACAAUUACCCGAUUUGGCUGCUUUACAAUCACGUGGCGCUCUACCUACUUCCGGCAUACCCUCGGCUAUACCACCCCCUUUGGCUGCUUUCACCGGUCCCAAUUUGGAAGAUCUUGAAGCGCCACGACGUCAAACAUCGAUGGAUGGUGAACAGAUUAAAAUUGUUAUUCACGAUGUUGAUUCAGGACCCAUAUGUUCGUCGAAACGACGUAUUAUUUUAAGAAGAGAUCCUUCAGAUAAAGCUCAUCGCACGCGUGGUUUUGGUAUGCGUGUUGUGGGCGGUAAGACUGGUGCUGAUGGCAGACUAUUUGCGUAUAUCGUUUGGACUGUGCCUGGAGGACCAGCUGAAAAGAAUGGUUUACAGCAGGGCGACAAGAUUUUAGAAUGGAAUGGCAUGUCAUUAAUCGAUCGCAGUUUCGAAGAGGUCUGCAGUAUAAUGGAUCGUACAGGUGAUGUGGUCGAAUUGUUGGUAGAACAUGCUACCGACUUUCGUAUGUGUGAUUUAUUCGAUGAAAAUAUACCACCCGGUAAUAGUGGUGGCAAUGAAAGAGGAGGACCCAGACGUUCGGGUGAUGGACCUAUUGGUUUGGGUUUAAUAGCGGACCCCGAAACUACUACAGACAAAUCACCGGCUUCGCCGACACGACGGAAAUUACCCAAAACUCCGGUAUAAAUAAUAAUUCGUUUUUAAAUUAUAUAUUUAAAAUAUUAUUUAAUAAAUUAUUUAUUUAAACAACAACAACAAUAACAACUACCACU